CUGGCAAUCAUUAAGUGUUUUGGAGUUCAUAUUGGAGACUGUCGUAGUUUAUGGUUAAUAACAUUGAUUCGCUGUGGUCAAACAAGACAAAAAACAAUUCUUUAAUGUGUAGUUUGUUAAAUAAUUGCUAUUUGAUAGCCAAUCAUUGUGAAAAUGUCUAUCACGAUACGGUCAGCUUUGGCGAUUCUCAGCGUUGUGCUAGCCAGCACGUCUACUCCCACAGUGGAAGGCCUUUCUAUCAAGGGAAGCUGUUGCCAAGAUUUAUGUCCGUGCAUGAUUCGCGUGCAGAAAGAGCUUAAUGGCGAUUCUGCGAUGACGGCGCAGGUGGACAAUAAUAUCAGGGAUGAUAUUCCAUUACAAAGGUCCAGCGGCUCUGUAGACGUAAUUGCUUCCAUUAUGGACAACACCGAGUCCACUAUUGACAUCGGCGCGCACAGCAUACCGGAAAUUAAAAGCUUAAAAACAACCCUGGAAGUUCCAGAGGCAUCUGUUGCAGAACGCACUUUGGAUUAAUCUGGCCUUCCAAAAAAUGCUCAUGAUGCACGGCUAGGUAACUUCGGAGAAAAAAUACAAUGCGAGGUCGUUUCUUUGAAAAAGAUGGGACACCCCUGGAGAUAACCCCGAAAGGAGUCCAAAAAAAAAACGGUAACCAAACUUUUAGAGCUGCAAGCUACAUGUUCUAAGGAAAGAAUCAAAUUUAGUGGAAUAAUGUGUAAUAAUGGUAACUAACGAAAACUAGUCAUUUGUGAUGCUUUCACCAGGAAAACGAGUGCUUAUCGCAAAUUUAACAAAAACUCUUCUGUAUUAAGCAUUCAUAAAAUACGUCUGUGACACAGAACAGCCAGAGACGUUGCGCUACAUGUGGUUAGGAAGGGCAAUAAGUGCACAGCGUCUGGCGUACCAAAAUUGUAUAUAAAAUAAGUUGUAAAUAGUACGUGUCUAUUCCGUAGCAGGAUCUUCCGCUCAUUCUAUUUUUCAGUGCGACAGCACAGAGAUAUUUUAACUUAAAUUGGAAUGCAGUUUAUAUCAGAGGGCCAAGCAGCGUCCGCUGGUAAUUAGACGUGACGGUAACGAUGAUUAGCUUUAAGAGAAGAGGUUUGUUCUCGGGAAAAGCAUGAUGGAGUUUGAUAUGAACUUUACCGUAUUAUGUAGAAGUAAGGAAGUUUAUACGAACUAAGAGACGAGGCCGACCAAUUUCGUUUUGUUCGACUAACAAAACGGUGGUCGCGGUGCCCUGUGUAUUACUUGGACCUUUUAUAUGCCUAUUUGCCUGAUGGCGUAAGGGCCUUAUAUAUUUUCUAACUUUUCAGCCAGUUCUUUUUAGGAAUAAAAAUCUUACAUUUUAAUAAAUCUCGAAUAGAUAUUUUGUUUAGGACCUUCGUCCGUAACUAGGCUUUGAUUUACAUUGAUGACCCCACACAUCAAAUAAUAUAAAUAUUACCUUGAUAAGACAUCAUCAGAUGAAUAUACUGAUUAUUGUAGCUGCCGUAUAAGACGAACAUUAUACAGACUAUAUGAAGUCGACAAUAUCUAGACCGUCAAUUAUUUGAAUCUGUUCAGUCAUGACUGAAAAAAAGAAUUGAAAAGUGGAAAUUCGUUAUACCUCUCUAUUUUAAUAGGUAUAUCCAUAUCGCUUUAGAUGUCAACUUGAGGCAUUGUCCUUCCGCUUAAUGCUUGGCUGAACAAAGUAGUUCCGAAGCGCGUUAUGAGCAUGGUUCGAAGCUAUCAACGAUCAAAGAAGCUUUUUGUAAAUUUUUUAACCCUUUAGUAUCAAAGGGUGUGUUGAUAUGUGAUCUAAAUAACGGAUGUUUUUUUAAUGACAAGGAUUGAAUCGACAGUAUCGUCUUCAGGCCUGAAAUUCUAUCACUUAUGCUCUAUUAUGGCUUAUGUUGUACUAUUACUGUAUGAGCAUUUAAGAAAUUUCAA